AUGCCAUCGAAGGCCACAGCCACCUUCCCCCACCUAAGUGAGGAAGUGUCUGCUGGUUGCCAGCCGACCUGGCAGAGAUGUGCGUUUUUUCUGGGAAAGCCCGUCCGUGGUUUCACUCCAGCCAGCACAACCCUGCAGAAAUGGCCCCGGGGAUGGGGGUGGGGGUGUCUGUCCCUGUCGUCGGGCCCCCUUGAGGUCGCUGGGGGGCGCUGCAGAGCAGCGACCCCGGAAAGCCGCCGCCGCGCAGCCCCUACUGCGGUUUGCGUCACUCCCUCGGAAACGGAAGUGUGGGUGCCUGUUUUGUUACUAUGGCAACAAAGGGAAGGGAGCCGCGGACCUCGGAGGGCCCAGCCCUUUAAACAAGGGCGAGUUUCAAGCACCUUGUCCUCGCUAACUGGGCCUCGCUCAGGCAGGGGAGAAGUCACCCUCCGAAAGUCCGCGGUGACGCAGAGGAAGGCAGGGGAGACAGUCAGUGGCUGGUCACCACUGACUCACGGCCGCAGACCUCGGAGCAGGAAGGAGCUGCAAGGAGCAGCCGGUGGGACCCCCCACGUUACCGGAGCUACAACCUCUACCCACGUUAGGGUGAAGGAUCUAGAGGCUGCCGCUGGAACUACUGAGCCCAUGAAUACACUGCUGUUGCUGUACUCAAGAAAUGUGGAGGUUGGGAUCAGGAAACUUGACCAGCAAGCCAGGAGAAGAUGGCUGAGAACCUCCAGCUACUUCUCUCUUCUGAGACUGGCACAAUCAGGAAGUUGCACAUCCACAACUAAAAAGGAGUCUGGGAGAUGUAGUUUUAAGCUUUCUAGCCUCCGAAACACAGAAAGGCACCACAGGAAGAGAAUACACAUCCAGUACAACGCGCUGUAACAACAAGCAAGUUUCAAGUAAAAACAAACUUGAACUAAGAGCACGAAGGGC